GCGUAACAGACGCCUACAACCGCAGCUCGGAGGACGUCAACCAGCAUUUGCAGGUGGGCGACUUCAUCGUGAGCGUCAACGGCACCGGCGUGGGCAUCAGCAUCCACAAGAUGCUGAAAGCAAUCAGGGAGAGGGUACCGACCUGCAGAUCCGGGUCCGGAGGCCCGAGGCCUUCACCAUUCGGGUCGAGCGGGAGGACGACGAGCGCAAUCUUGGCAUCUGCAUCAACUAUGCGCCGACCAGUGCCUCCCUCCUCAUCUGCAAGGUGGUGCAGGGCGGGGAGAUUUACGAGCACAACCUCCAGUCCAGCCCAUGGACCGUCCAGCCCAUGGACCGGGUGGUGUCCAUCAACGGCAUCGCCUCCGAGGGCGAUGUGAGCGGGCUGCUCAAGCAGAUGUACGAGGCGAAGACGCUGGAGAUGGUCCUCGUCCGGCCAGGCGGCUGA